AUGGAGAAGCUCGACCCCAAAGAGGAGGUGGCGCUUCAGGCCGAAGCCGAUCGACUAAGAAGGAUGGCUGUUAUUGGAGUUGCUCUCUCAAUUGGUGCAGCCAUUGUGUGCAUACUCUGUGUUCCUUUCGUAUAUAAUUACGUGCAACGUGUGGAAACAAUUCUUCAAAAUGAGGCGGAUUUCUGCAGGGCUAAGCGCGAAUUAGUGAUCAAGGAAUUGACAAGAACGCAACGGCAAGUUGGGCAGAGGCGUAUCAAAAGGCACGAAAGUGGAUACGGGGGAUAUUCUGCAAGUUAUGGGACUUAUGAAUCUACCCCAUUGUCAAAUUAUAAGUCUCCAGAAGUCACGGAACACAAGGAAGAGAAGAACGAAAACUUCCAGACAUGCUGUGGUUGUGGAUUCGGGCCACCAGGAGAACAAGGACCACCGGGAGAAGAUGGAAACGACGGACAAGAUGGAUCACCAGGAUCGGAUGGCGCUCCAGGAGCAGACAUGAAUCCUGAUACUCCUUAUGACAUGGCUGACCAAUUCUGUUUUGAAUGCCCGCCAGCUCCUCCAGGACCACCAGGACCUCCAGGACUUAAAGGAUUGCCGGGUUACCCAGGAAAGAAUGGAAACGACGGAGAUGGAGGAAAACGGGGAAUGCCGGGUCCAAAUGGACCACCAGGUCCAAAAGGACCACCAGGAGAACAAGGAGAUGAAGGAGAAGGAGGUCCCGAUGGAAUUCCGAUGGAGAAGAAAUCACCACCAGGACCAAGAGGGCCACCAGGACCACCAGGACCAGAGGGACCAGAAGGAAAAGAGGGACCACCAGGAAAACAAGGACCACCGGGACCAACUGGAGAACCUGGAGAUGAAGGACCAAUUGGAGUUCCAGGAAAUCCAGGACCUUCAGGAAAGCCUGGUGCUAAUGGACUGCAGGGACCAUCUGGGCCAUGUGACCAUUGUCCAAAUCCUAGAACUGCUCCAGGCUAUUAA